AAAAAGAAGGAAGGUGCUCAGAAAAAGGCUGCUGAUCAAAAAACCAAAGUGCCAGAACCUACUAAGACCUGUCCCAGCCAGCCGCAGCCUGCCGGUGCCGGGACCAGUUCUUCCACCAGCACUCUCUCCGGCAGCAGCAAUGGCAAGCGCGCACCUGCCGGCGGCCAGCAGCCAGCUGCCUCCCGCUACCUGCCUCGCGAGGUGCCUCCACGCUUCCGCCAGCAAGAACAGAAGCAGCUAUUGAAGAGAGGUCAGCCAUUGCCCACGGGGGCUCUGACCAGUGCAAGCCCAACCCAGGGUGCUGGGCCUGCAGGGGUAAGCCCUCCCCCCCUUCCCGGAGCCGGAGCGCAGCAGCAGCCUAGUAAGCUCCAACCAGAUCUCAGUCACAGUGGAUUGGCAGAUCAUUAUGAAAGUUCCCACUGGGGACAGCAGCCCACUUUCAGGAGUGAAGCCAGCUGCAGCUGGGAUAAAGUGAUAAUAGACAGGACUGAUAAGGAGGCGUGGCCUGCCAUCGCAGGAACCGAGACGGAAUCCGCCUCAGAAUGCACCACGGACACUGACUCUGCCUCCACCUGUGGCUCAGAGAGCAGUAGCAUGGCUACCGGGAGCGCCCAGGGCGGCUUCGCUGCGCACGCCAAGAAGGCCAAUGGCAGCGCUGGCACCAGCGGUGCGCUCGUCCAGAGCCCUCCGAAUCCCAGUGCCCUCGGAGCUGGGGGCGCCAACGGCAAUGGCAACGCAUCCAGAGUGUGGGGCGUAGCCACGGGCUCCAGCUCCGGCCUCGCUCACUGCUCUCUCGGUGGUGGGGAUGGGAAAAUGGACAACAUGAUUGCAGAUGGGAGAAGUCAGAAUUGCUGGGGUGCUUCCAACUCCAAUGCUGGCAUUAAUCUUAACCUUAAUCCGAAUGCCAACCCAGCUGCCUGGCCUGUACUUGGACAUGAAGGGACUGUGGCAACAGGCAACCCUUCCAGUAUUUGCAGUCCGGUCAGUGCCAUAGGUCACAAUGUGAGCAACCAGAACGGGAACCCAGCGGGCACUCUAGGUGCUUGGGGAAGCUUGCUGCCGCAGGAGAGCACAGAGCCACAAUCGUCCACUUCUCAGAAGGUGUCUUUCAGCGUACAACCUCAGAACCUUAACACUGAUGGACCAAAUAACACUAACCCUGUGAACUCGUCACCAAACCCUAUCAGUGCAAUGCAGACCAAUGGACUGCCAAACUGGGGCAUGGCUGUCGGCAUGGGGGCCAUCAUCCCGCCCCACCUGCAAGGCCUUCCUGGUGCUAAUGGAUCAUCAGUCUCUCAAGUCAGUGGGGGUGGCAGUGAAGGGAUCAGCAGUUCUGUGUGGGGACUGUCCCCAGGUAACCCUGCCACGGGCAACAGCAGUUCUGGGUUCAGUCAGGGGAGUGGAGACACUGUGAACUCAGCAUUAAGUGCUGAACAGGAUGGGUCCAGCAGUGCUGUGCAGAAGGACGGACAUGGAGGGACUGCCUGGGGCUCGGGGCCUUCUGCUGGCCCUGGGAUCCUCGCUUGGGGGAGGGGCCGCGGCAACAACAGCGUUGGGAAUAUCCAUUCGGGAGCGUGGGGCCACCCCAGCCGAAGCACUACUAACGGUGUGAAUGGGGAAUGGGGAAAGCCCCCAAACCAGCAUUCCAGUGGUGACGUCAAUGGGAAAGGAUCAACAGGGUGGGACAGUCCCAGUGUUAGCAGCCAGAACCUUGCCCUGCAGCCUGGCAGUGAGCAUGUGAGCUCAUGGGCCAAGGCCGCGCCCUCGGGAACCACGGCGAGUGAAGGCAGCAGCGAGGGCUCUGGCAGCCACAAUGACGGAGGUGCCGGGAGGGAAGGAGCUGAAGGCCGACGGCGAGAUAAAGGGAUUCUAGACCAAGGGCACAUCCAGUUGCCAAGGAACGAUCUUGACCCGAGAGUUCUGUCUAAUACUGGUUGGGGACAGACUCCAGUAAAGCAAAACACUGCCUGGGAAUUUGAAGAGUCCCCAAGGUCUGAGCGAAAAAAUGACAAUGGGACAGAGGCCUGGGGCUGUGCAGCUCCUCAGCCUUCACACUCAGGGGGGAAGAACGAUGGGUCCAUCAUGAACAGUACAAAUACCUCUUCAGUGUCUGGGUGGGCCAGUUCGCCACCUGCUGCUGGGCCAGCAAACACAGGCUGGGGGGACAGCAGCCACAGAGCACCCAAUGGCCCUGGGGUUUGGGGUGACUCUAUAAGCUCUACUGCUGUUCCUAAUGCUGCUGCUGCCAAGAGUGGCCACGCUUGGAGUGGGACCGCGAGUCAGGAGGACAAGUCGCCCACCUGGGGUGAGCCUCAGAAGCCCAAAUCUCAGAACUGGGGAGAUGGACAAAAAUCGAAUCCAGCCUGGAGUGCAGGAGGCGGAGACUGGGCCGAUUCAUCUUCUGUCCUUGGACACUUGGGGGAUGGGAAAAAAAAUGGCUCUGGAUGGGAUGCUGACAGUAAUCGAUCAGGGUCUGGCUGGAAUGAUGCUACAAGGUCUGGGACUAGUGGCUGGGGCAAUGGCACAAACGCAAAGGUGAAUCCAGGGACAAGCUGGGGAGAGUCUUUGAAACCUGGCCCCCAACAGAAUUGGGUGAGCAAACCCCAAGACCACAAUGUGAGUAACUGGGGCGGAGCCUCUUCCGUCAAACAGACAGGAGCAGGGUGGGUCGGGGGUCCAGUCCCUGCCAGACAGAAGGACAAUAGUGAGGCCACGGGCUGGGAGGAGCCUUCUCCGCCAUCCAUUCGACGCAAAAUGGAAAUUGAUGAUGGUACCUCAGCUUGGGGUGACCCAAGCAACUACAACAACAAAGCUGUAAACAUGUGGGAUAGAAACAACCCAGGCCUCCAGAGCAGCACCACGGCGGCCAGCACCACCCCCACCACCACGAGCAACAGCGCCAGCGUGGUCGACCCACCGCCGCCGCACCCUGCCAGUGCCCCGCUGACCCGGUCGCCGCUGCUCGGUCCAGUUUCAUCAGGCUGGGGAGAAAUGCCUAACAUUCACUCAAAGGCUGAAAACUCUUGGGGAGAACCAUCCUCUCCUUCUACCCUGGUAGAUAACGGCACAGCAGCGUGGGGCAAGCCACCCAGCAGCGGCAGCGGAUGGGGAGACCAGCCAGCAGAGCCCGCCGUGACGUUCGGGAGAGCCGGCGUGCCUGCCCCCACCCCAGCCCUGUGCAAGCCAGCUUCAAAAUCUAUGCAAGAAAGCUGGGGCAGUGGUGGGGACGACAUGAACCUCGGUCCCAGUCAGUGGGAAGAUGAAGAAGGGGGCAUGUGGAACAACGCAGCUUCCCAGGAAAGCACCUCCUCCUGCAGCUCCUGGGGGAACGCCCCCAAAAAAGGACUCCAAAAGGGCAUGAAGACAUCUGGCAAGCAGGACGAGGCCUGGGUCAUGAACCGGCUCAUCAAACAGCUCACGGACAUGGGCUUCCCGAGAGAGCCAGCUGAAGAGGCCUUGAAGAGUAAUAACAUGAAUCUCGACCAGGCCAUGAGUGCUCUGCUGGAACAGAAGGUGGACAUGGACAAGCGAGGACUGGGAGUGACCGACUACAACGGAAUGGUCACCAAGCCCCUCGGCUGCCGCCCACCAAUCUCCAAAGAGUCUUCUGUGGACCGCCCCACCUUUCUUGACAAGGACGGCGGCCUCGUGGAAGAGCCCACGACUUCACCAUUUUUGCCUUCGCCAAGCCUGAAGCCCCCCCUUUCAAACAGUGCACUCCCUAAUCAGGCCCUGGGUGGGAUUGCCUCAGGGCUGGGCACGCAGAACUUGAAUUCCGCUCGACAGAUGCCGAGCGGCAGUCUGGGCGCGUUGGGCAGCAGCGGAGCAGCACAAGCCAGGACCCUGCAGCCGCCGCCGCCACCCGUGCCGCCGCUGAACCCCUCCCAGCCCGGUCUCCGUGCACAAGUGCCUCAGUUUCUGUCCCCUCAGGUUCAAGCACAGCUUUUGCAGUUUGCAGCAAAAAACAUUGGUCUCAACCCUGCACUAUUGACCUCGCCAGUUAACCCUCAGCAUAUGACGAUGUUGAACCAGCUCUAUCAGCUGCAGCUGGCAUACCAGCGUUUGCAAAUCCAGCAGCAGGUGCUGCAGGCCCAGCGGAACGUGUCCGGACCCGUGAGGCAGCAGGAGCAGCAAGUCGCGCGCACAAUCACUAACCUGCAGCAGCAGAUCCAGCAGCAGCAGCGCCAGCUGGCCCAGGCCCUGCUCGUGAAGCCCCCACCGCCCCCGCCGCACCUGUCUCUGCACCCCUCUGCAGGCAAAUCGGCCAUGGACAGCUUUCCCCCGCACCCUCAGGCCCCCGGCCUGUCCGACCUGCAGACCAAAGAGCAGCAGUCUUCACCCAACACCUUUGCUCCUUACCCUCUCGCUGGACUAAACCCCAACGUGAAUGUCAGCAGCAUGGACGUGACUGGCGGUCUGACGGUGAAGGACCCAUCGCAGUCCCAGUCUCGCCUCCCUCAGUGGACACACCCCAACCCGAUGGAUAACGUACCCGGUGCUGCUUCUCCUCUCGACCAGAACCCCGGCAAGCACGGUGCUAUCCCUGGAGGUCUAAGCAUUGGGCCUCCAGCAAAGUCCUCCAUUGAUGACUCCUAUGGCCGGUACGAUUUAAUCCAGAACAAUGAGUCACCAGCCAGUCCUCCAGUAGCUGUCCCCCAUAGCUGGUCACGUGCCAAAUCUGACAGUGAUAAAAUCUCAAAUGGCUCCAGCAUCAACUGGCCCCCAGAAUUUCAUCCUGGAGUUCCGUGGAAAGGACUUCAGAACAUAGAUCCCGAGAAUGACCCUGACGUCACUCCUGGAAGUGUCCCCACUGGGCCGACCAUCAACACCACCAUACAGGAUGUCAACCGCUACCUCCUCAAGAGUGGAGGGUCUUCCCCACCAUCAUCUCAGAGUGCCACGCUGCCUUCCUCCAGUGCCUGGCCGCUCAGUGCCUCCGGCUACAGCCCCUCUUUCAGCAGCAUGGCGCCCGCGCCUAGUGUUGCAGGUAAACUGUCAGACAUGAAAUCGACGUGGUCCUCCGGCCCCGCCUCCCACACGCAAGCCUCUCUGUCUCAUGAGCUGUGGAAGGUGCCCAGAAACACUACUGCACCCACGAGGCCACCUCCGGGGUUAACCAAUCCCAAGCCUUCCUCCACCUGGGGAGCCAGCCCCCUGGGCUGGACCAGCUCUUACUCCUCCGGUUCUGCUUGGAGCACCGACACCUCAGGAAGAACCAGCAGCUGGCUCGUUCUCCGCAACCUCACACCCCAGAUCGAUGGCUCCACCCUGCGGACACUGUGCUUGCAGCACGGGCCGCUCAUCACAUUCCACCUGAACCUGACUCAAGGCAACGCCGUGGUCCGGUACAGCUCCAAGGAGGAAGCCGCCAAGGCCCAGAAGUCCCUGCACAUGUGUGUCCUGGGAAACACUACCAUCUUGGCCGAAUUUGCUGGCGAGGAAGAAGUGAAUCGUUUCUUAGCCCAAGGCCAAGCCCUGCCGCCCACCUCCAGCUGGCAACCCAGCACCGGGCCCAGCCAGACAAGGCUGGGCGCCUCGGGCAGCGCCCACGGCCUGGUGCGGAGCGACCCCGGCCACUGGAACGCCCCGUGCCUGGCAGGCAAAGGGAGCAGUGACCUGCUGUGGGGCGGGGUUCCCCAGUACUCCAGCAGCCUGUGGGGCCCGCCCAGCAGCGACGACGGCAGGGUGAUUGGAAGCCCCACCCCGCUGAACACUCUGCUUCCCGGCGACCUUCUUAGUGGGGAGUCCAUCUAGGACCGAGAGGACCCUGUGGGCACCGCAGUCAUCAGCACUAGGAAGAAAAGCUGACCCUUUCCAGCCCGGGCGUCGCUGAGGACCCCACUGGACCCGAGCAGCCCGGCAGCCCUUUCAAGUACCUCUGUCCAGUACUGAAGACGAACCUGUGCCACAGUCCUUGCGAACUGUCCCCAAGACAGUGCGGGCUGCGCUUGGUCAGUGUCACAUGCUAAUGACAGGAUGUUUCUCAUAGCUUUUUAUUUUGUGUUGUCUUAUGUUUGUAUGGUGUGUUGUCAUUUUGAUUUUUUAAGUAUAAAAGCUGCUUAGAAUAGUUCUAUCAUGAAGGGCACUUUUCAGAUUGUGGGCUGGAAAGGGUUAUUUUAUCAAGGGGGAGGGAGGGAGGGAGACAGAAAGCCUAUUUAAAACGAGCCUGUGCCGAUUACGCACAUUCCCAGAGGCGGACCCGUAAUCAGGGAGCUGGCGCUCAUCACUGGGCCGCGGCCGGGCCCAUGGCCGUCCUGGCGCCCCGGUGGGCUGAGCGGAAGGAACGGUCUGCGAUCUGUCCUCUGUUCCCACGGAUCCGCCUAUGCACAUUACCCUUGUUUUCAUUACUUUUUCAUGUCAUUUUUUUAUCCCAAAAAAUAUUUUUUAAAAGUUAAAAAAAAGACAUAUCAAACAUGCAAAUACUUGAAUCCAGCAGGCCACUAACGAAAUGUGAACACUUUCUAAGUCUAACUCUACACUUCCAGGUCGGCGUCAGACGCAGAAACAGGCUCUAGGGAAAUCGCUAAGUUCACAGCCUCUGUGUGCGUGUGUGGAAACAGAAGCGUGUGUGCGUGCGUGCGUGUGUGCGCACUUCCUGUGUUCGUGUGUCAGGUGUGUGAGGGAUUUAACUGUGGGUUUUCCCUUUUAUUCAGUAUAUGCUUUUUUUCCGGCGCAUUGGUCAGACGUUUGUUAUUAUCAGCUUCUAACUUCGCACUGAGUGUGCCCGCCCUUCCUUCCGCUAACCUGCACGUUAAAGAGAGCUCACAGGACAGGGCUGGCGGCAGUCACGUGUCAAUGUUUACUCAAGGACUCUACGCGUUUCAAAGUUACAGUGUAUCUCUGGAGAAAUAAUAUGUAUACCUACCUUUAGCAGCUUUUUAUUGUGGACUAAUGCAAGAGAAUUAUUACCAGAGUAUUGCACCGUUUUCCAUUUGGAAUAUAAAGUUAAAGAGAAAACUGUUGUGAACUGUGGCCAUAGAUACUUGUAAGGAUGGAUGGUUCCGCGGAGGAGCGGGACAAGCACUUGGACGUGGGUUGUGACUGCUUUCGGGGGAGCCCGUGGUGGGGGCUCCCACCUGUUUACAGACCUUUUUUCUCCUUCAGACUUUAAAAUAAAAAAUUUUAAAAAGGAAUUUAAAAAAAAAAAAGAAAAACAAAGACUUCCGUCGUAAAGAGACCUAUUUUCAGAAUGCAGAUGCGCUACUUCAGAGCUCUGGGAUCGGGCAGUGUUCUCCCGCCACCGCCGUGGACUGGCGGCUGUCCCCGCGUCCAGUGCCGAGACCUGCGGUCACUGUCUUGCACAUCGGAAGCGCUCUCAGGAAAGCCAGGGCUCCGAGGGCAGCUCCACACCGCCUCAUGUAUUUUGUAACCCAACUCCUAGCACUGAAGAUGUUAUUAAAAAACAAACAAAAAAAUAAAGAAAAAAAGAAAAAAGAGGAAAAAAACACAAAGAAGAAAAAUACCUAAUCUCUAAUGUGUAGCAGUUACAUAUUUACCAAAUAAUGGACUCAAAAGAAAUAGAUGUUUGAAGAGUGCUUUAUAUAUUAAAAAUUGCUUUAUGUUUUAAAAUGAUCAAUGUUUUGAUUGUUUUGCAAGAAAGAAAGACAAUGGAGUAACAUACCCUCAAGUAUGUUUUAAAAAAUAUAUGGACAUUGUGCUCCCUGCCUGCUUGAUCAGGAAACUUGUGCAUUACAUUUUUUUUAAUUCGCUUUUUAAUGGUUUUAUCAAAACAAAAAAAGAAAAAAACAAAAAGAAAAAAAGAAGAAGGUCCUGCAGAAUCGCAGACCCACAGACGCUGGUUUUACAGAGGAUCACGAACUAUGCACAGACUGGGUUCCAGACCUUUCUCUCAAGUUCAGCCGUGUACUUAGCUAACAGACCUUCCUCAGAGUGCCGCAUCUCAUUGCCACGGCACGCGCCCUGUACCUGACGUAUGUGUACCUGCAUAUGUACAUCGAAUGUGCGUGCGUGCGUGCCCGGGCACCCUGCUCCCCGGCUGCCAUCCAGGGCAUUGAGUUGUAGAGAAACUCCUGAUGUUGGAAAAUCGGGGAUGGAAGUAAAGAAUCUGUUUGUUUGUUUCUGUUUUUUGUUGGGGGGGGGGGUGUUGUUUUUUUGUUUUGUUUUGUUUUCCAACCUUUUAUUUUGAAUUGAAGAUGUCUGUAACUCUGAGAUUAAGAAGCAAGUUUGUGGCUUUCAAUGUUUUUCCUCAUAGAAUGUGAUCGUUGAAGAACACGCACCGAAAGUUGCUUUCAAAAGUACAACGCUUUGUUGAAUCCUAAUAAAUUGCAAUUUUUUUCUUGGCUGUUGAAAUAAAUGUG